GCUGCUAAAAUCCGAUUGGCAGCACCUUUUGGCCGUUUCCGGCAGCUCUCUUUCUUUCUUCGUUCUUCUUAUUAAAAAGAGGACGGCAUCUGCGUUUUGCAGAAACUUUAACACCAUUUAUUGGGAUUAAAAAUCAGCGAAAAUGAGCUUAGGCAACGCCAGGCCUUUGGUCUCCGUGUACACGGAAAAAAAUGAGGCUGUCAAGGAGAAGAACAUCUGCUUGCCCGCGGUGUUCAAGGCACCCAUCCGUCCGGAUGUGGUGAACGAGGUGCACCAGCUGCUGCGCCGCAACAACCGUCAGCCCUACGCUGUCAGUGAGCUGGCCGGUCACCAGACAUCCGCUGAAUCUUGGGGUACUGGUCGCGCUGUUGCACGUAUUCCUCGUGUGCGUGGUGGUGGUACUCACCGUUCCGGCCAGGGUGCCUUCGGCAACAUGUGCCGUGGUGGACGCAUGUUUGCACCCACCAAAACCUUCCGUCGCUGGCACCGCAAGGUGAAUGUGAACCAGCGUCGCUAUGCGCUCGUUUCGGCCAUUGCCGCCUCCGGUGUGCCCGCCCUGGUCCAGUCCAAGGGACAUGUUAUCGAUGGCGUCUCCGAGUUCCCCUUGGUUGUGUCCGAUGAUGUGCAGAAGCUGCAAAAGACCAAGCAGGCUGUUGUCUUCUUGCGUCGCCUGAAGAUCUGGGCUGACAUCCAGAAGGUUUACAAGUCGCAGCGCUUCCGUGCUGGACGUGGUACAAUGCGCGACCGUCGUCGCAUUGCUCGUCGUGGUCCUCUUGUUGUCUACCACAAGGAUGAGGGUCUGCGUCAGGCUUUCCGCAACAUCCCUGGCAUUGAGACCAUCAGCGUUGACAAACUCAACUUGCUGAAACUCGCGCCCGGCGGUCAUGUGGGUCGUUUCGUCAUCUGGACUGAGUCGGCUUUCUCGCGUCUGAACGAUUUGUUCGGCACCUGGAAGAAACCAUCCACCCUGAAGAAGGGCUACAAUCUGCCCCAGCCCAAGAUGGCCAACACUGACCUGUCGCGCAUCCUUAAGUCCGAGGAGAUCCGCAAGGUUCUGCGUGAUCCACGCAAGCGCGUCUACCGCAGCGUGCGUCGUCUUAACCCACUGUCCAACGUGCGUCAACUGAUCAAGUUGAACCCAUACGCUGAGGUCCUUAAGCGUCGUGCCGCUUUGGCCGCUGAGAAGCGUACUGUUGCCAAGGUUUUGGCCAAGGCCAAGAAACAGAAUGUCGAGCUGGCUAAGUCCCACUUUGCCAACGUCGCCACAAAGGCUGCCGCAAAUCGCGCUAAGCUGCUCGCCGCCCGCAAGAAGAAGGUCGCCGCUAAGAAGCCCGCGGCUAAGAAGUAAAUAUUUACUUUCCAACAACAACAAAAUAGACCACACUCUUUUAUAAUAAUAAAUUACACAAACAAUGUAUGAAUUUUAUUCAUAAUUAUAUGGAGUGCGAAAGUAA